CGAGUUGCCCUUUCGGGGCGGCUGCCAGGCUCUAAAGUUCCCAAGUGACCACACGAGUAACUAAAUAUAGGAGCAGCUGGUGCGGACGGGGUGUCGGAGCAGCUCCUUUGCACAGAUCUCCGGGCUCCAGAUAAGGUGCAGAUCCCCUUGUGAGCAGCAGACCGGCCUGGUGGCUGGCAGCAAGACACCUCGUCUGCAUGCUGAAGAAGAUGGGUGAGGCCGUGGCCAGAGUUGCGAGGAAGGUCAACGAGACAGUGGAGAGCGGCUCGGACACCCUGGAUCUUGCCGAGUGUAAGCUGGUUUCCUUCCCCAUCGGCAUCUACAAGGUCCUGCGGAACGUCACCGACCAGAUCCACCUCAUCACACUGGCCAACAACGAGCUCAAGUCCCUCACCAGCAAGUUCAUGACCACAUUCUGUCAGCUCCGAGAGCUCCGCUUGGAAGGAAACUUCCUGCACCGUCUCCCCAAUGAGGUCAGCACCCUGCAGCACCUCAAGGCCAUCGACCUGUCCCGGAACCAGUUCCACGACUUCCCCGAGCAGCUCACCACCCUGCCUGCCCUGGAGACCAUCAAUCUGGAGGAGAACGAGAUCGUGGAUGUGCCCAUGGAGAAGCUGGCCGCCAUGCCCGCCUUGCGCAGCAUCAACCUCCGUUUCAACCCGCUGAAUGCCGAGGUGCGCGUCAUUGCACCACCGCUCAUCAAGUUUGACAUGCUCAUGUCUCCAGAGGGUGCUCGGGCACCCCCACCGUAGGCCUCUCUCCUCCUGCCCACCCACCAAGGGACAGAGGCCACCUGGCCUGACACCCUGAGGGGAGGGUGUCCCUAGGCCCAUGGGAGGCCAAGCUUGGGGGACUGGGGGUGGGUGGGCGGAACAGUGCGUGGUGGGGGGGUGCAGCCAGUCCAGGAUAGACAGCUUAGAGCAGUAGCGGGCCCUGGAAGGCCCAGAGAGAGGAGGCGCGGUGGGGGCUGGAGCCCAGACUCCAGGCACUCACAGCUUCCGUGCAAACUUGGGCAGACCCCCCACCCUCUCUGAGCCUUGUUAUUUGGGAAAAGGGGUGGAGGGGGGAACCUUUGCCUCCUUUGGGCUCCUUGGAGGCUUUUUAGGCAAAACAUGCCUCCAAGUUACCCUCCAAUCCUCGGGCACCUUCUGAGCCCACAGAUGAGCAUCGCGGAGCAUUUUCUGGGCGCCUGUGGGUUUGAGGCCUAGUUUCUAGUGCUGAGAGCCAGUCGCUGCCCUGAGACGCAUAGAAGACAACCUCCAUCUAUUCAUUGCUUCCUGAGAACCAGCCUGGAUGAGGCCCUUCCCAGGGCCCUGUGGGUCUCUAGAUUGGUGGGAAAGCUGUGGAGAGUGUGGCCUGGCGCUGCAGCGGGCUGAGAACAUUUACAUAGGAGCCCGAGGCCCAGCAGGCGGAGAGACCAGGGAACACAUCAAGUCAGCUCUGUCCUUCCUCAUGAUGUCAGUGGGGUCAGAAGUUCUGAGUGCUCCUGGGGACGGACCAGGUGUGCCUGGCAUCAACCCUUGAGCCGCAGGAGAAGUGGCCGGAGAGAAACAAAGCCACGUGUGCCUGUGGCUCUGGUCUCGGGUGAUUGGGUGGCCACCCCCACCACACUCUCCUUCUGGCUGCCUUAUCAUUGGUCCAUCUCGGGACAGAAGGCACCACGGACCACUGAAUUUGUGAUCAGCCAGCUCCCAGGCCACCACCCAAAGCCCUGCUGACCUAGUCACUUCUAAGCCCUCAGCCUGGAGUCUAGGAUGUGACCAACCUUCCCUGUUUGCCCAGGACUGAGGGGUUCCCAGGACAUGGAACUUUCACUGCUAACACUGGGACAAUACCAGCAAACAGGGACAACUGGUCCCCCUGCCAGGUGGGGGCCUGGGGCUCUUGCUUUAUGACAACGUCUGUGGUUUGUAGAACCCUUGACCUCUUGAUCCCCAGGUAUCUACCCCCCACCUUCUGAUCUGUGGAGCAAGCAGGCUCAGAGUCCAGAGCCCAGCUUGUCUGGACCUUGGUCUUGAUCUAUGGGAGACACCUGAGGCCCCAUGACUUGGACAAGCCAGGCCACCCACAUCCUAUGUCCAUGGACUGGUAGCCACUCUUCUACUCCUAGGAUUAAGCUGUUCAGAGCUGAGAGCACUGGCCCUUUCUCAGAAUACUCCCAUUCCCUUUAUCCCAGUCCUGGGGCCUGCCCCUGCCCAGGCGUCCUGUCUCUUGGCAAGAAGCUGACAGCUUGGGACCAUUGUUGGUUCCUCACUGAGCACUUAGCGUUCCGAGAGAUGCUGUGUUCCCUCUGCUUAUCUCACAAGGCCUGGUUGGCCAAGCUCUGGGAAAGUGGUUCUCCAGGGCUGCAGAAUUCAGCUGUGGACACUGGGGACAAGUUGGGGCUGCAGUAGUCUAGGCUGGCCUUGCCCCACCCACCCUGUGUCCUGGAGUGCAGUUUCUCCUUGUGGAAGAAGGGGUGCACUUUUCUGAUACGCACAAAGGCGUUGUGUGGCCAGAGCCUUGCAACUCAAAGUGUGGUCUGUGGACCAGCAGUAUUGGCAUCCGUGGGAGCUUGUUAGAAAUGCAGAAUCCCAGGCCCCAUCACAGACCUCCGGAAUCAGAACCUACAUUUCCAUGAGAUCCCAGGUGACUCCUGCAAGCACUUUACAGUUUGAGAGGCAAGGGCCAGGGGGCGACCCUGGGGAUGUCCUCAGAGUGGAGGGUGAAAGUUCUCAACUCUCCCCCUGCCAUCCCCAGGGCUCUGAGUCUGUGCUCCCCCUCCCUACACCAGCCCCCGGAAACCCUGGGCUUCUUAGAACUUUUCAGAGUCUUCAUGGCACUCCCAGUGAAGGGAGUGACCGGCGGUCUCCAGGAAAUGGGGGUCAGGUGUGCCUGGCCCUGUGGCCACUGCCUUUCUGGUUAACCUCUGCAUGCCAAGUUCCUGCUUCCCCAGGUCCUCACCUCAGGCCUUGGGAGGGGUUGCUUCUAGAAGCUGUUUUCUUUCUGCUUGGCCAGUUUGCCCUUGCCUCUCUGGGAAAGCUGGGGCAGUCAGAGAAGCCCCAAAUCAGAGCCCACCGUGUGAAUGAGCCCUUAGCUUCAGUCUGCAAUAAAGAGUGCACUGGUUUCCUC